GUUGUCUAUAUAUACCAAUCGGGCAUUCCGCACCACUUUUUCCUCUGUUAAAUAUUUUGCCCUGCAAUUUACACACAGCUCUGAGAUUCCACCCUGUAACAGGCGAAAUAAUUUGGAUAAAGGAAGACGCAUACAAUGUCUGGCAUGGGAGAUGGUUAUGUGGGCACUGCCCAAGAUGCUGCGAGAAUUAGGCGUCUUGAGAAGCAACGAGAAGUUGAGCGAAGGAAAAUCCAGGAGCUCAAGAACAAAUCCUCUGGCGGCCAGACUGGUCUUCUUCAGUUUGGUUCUGGCACUUCAGAGAUUUUGGAAACUGCUUUCAAGAAGGAGACAGUUGGACUUGUCACCAGAGAACAAUAUGUUGAGAAGCGGGUCAAUAUUCGUAGCAAAAUGGAAGAGGAGGAGAAGGAGAAGUUACAGAGGCUUCAACAAGAAGAGGAAGAGUUGGAAAAUCAAAAGAGAAAGAAAAGGAGGGCCAAAGCACCGGCUCGGUUGUCAUUCAUUGAUGAUAUGGAAAAUGAAGAAGAUGAGGACAACGGGGCUAGUGAGAAUGGGGAAACUAGGAAGCCCAAGCUUGGCAAAGAUCCGACUGUUGAGACAAGUUUCUUGCCUGACAGAGAUCGAGAGGCAGAGGAUCAGAAUGAGCGUGAGCGUCUGCGACAACAAUGGAUGGAUGAACAAAAGCGUGUCAAAAAUGAACCACUGGAGAUUACCUAUAGUUACUGGGAUGGUGCUGGUCAUAGACGUGUCAUUCAGGUUCGUAAAGGAGAUACAAUAGCUGAAUUUCUACGAGCUGUUCAACAGCAGCUUGCAUCUGAGUUCAGAGAGAUCCGAACUGCCUCAGUGGAAAACUUACUAUAUGUGAAGGAGGAUCUAAUUAUACCUCAUCAACACAGCUUUUAUGAACUAAUAAUUAAUAAAGCAAGAGGCAAAAGUGGCCCGCUAUUUCACUUUGAUGUUCAUGAAGAUAUUCGGACUAUUGCUGAUGCUACAAUAGAGAAGGAUGAGUCACAUGCUGGUAAGGUUGUUGAACGGCAUUGGUAUGAAAAGAACAAGCACAUUUUCCCAGCCUCUAGAUGGGAGAUAUAUGAUCCAACCAAAAAGUGGGAGCGGUACACUAUUCAUGGGGAUUGAAUAUAAGAUUUAUUGAGCAUAAUGGCAGAUUGGUAGUUCUUUAUAGCUUGCUUUCUUCAAGAUGAGGAAACACUGCAGUUAUGCACAUCUUUAAUUCUAUAUAUCUAGUACUUUUACUGAAUGAGCAAUUCAGAAACAACUUAUUUUACUUACUCUAAAAGGUUGCAACCCUCAUUGCUAAGCACUGAGAUGUGCAGAGGUUCAAAGAAAAGAAUGGAACUAGACAUUGGCUAUAUAACGAGUGUCCUCAUCUUGAAAGUAAAUGCUUUUCGGUAUUUUGUAACAAUAUUCCAUUUUUUUUCGUAAAGGUGUCUAUAUGGUUAAAGGACCUUUAACCCACAAAAAAUUGGGGCACAUAGCUCAGAUAUUGAAAUAUAUUGAAACAUCAUUCUCAAUGAUUGAGACUCA